AAGCUUUAGCAUAACGGUAUCUCAUUUAAUAAGGUCGCCUCGGCUGGGCUCCAAGAAGUCUUGCGGAAUCGGAAGCUCUUAAACACUGGACAGCGGCAGGAAUACGUCAUGAAGGUCCACUGCGUCGUGAUUGUAGCAUCGCUUUUAUUUUAUGACUGCUCAUGUAAGAGCAUAAAAGAUGACGAAGUUACCCAUCUUCCCGGAUUGGACGAGCAACCACAAUUCAGACAUUAUUCCGGAUAUCUGAAGGCAGGAUCCACACGCAAGCUACAUUAUUGGUUCGUUGAAAGUCAAGGCAAUCCAGAAGCCGAUCCUGUCGUGCUGUGGCUGAACGGAGGUCCAGGGUGCAGUUCCUUGGAGGGCAUGCUCAGUGAACUGGGACCGUUCCGAAUAGAUAAAAAGCGGCCUCAACUGCACCUUAACCCCUUCAGCUGGAAUAAGGUGGCCAACGUGCUGUUCCUGGAAUCACCGGCUGGAGUCGGAUUCUCCUACGACCCAUCAAAACCGGUUGACUAUGACUACAGAACAAACGAUGAUCAGACUGCAGAUGACAAUUACCUGUCCAUCCUGGACUUCUUCCGCAAGUUCCCGAACUUCCAGGGAAACGAAUUCUACGCCACGGGUGAAAGCUAUGCCGGCGUCUACGUACCAAUGCUUGUGCAACGCAUUCUUGAUGGUGAUAAUGACAUCAACUUAAAGGGAUACGCCAUUGGAAAUGGAUACCUCGACGGGGGCAUGCUCGCGCAGUCUAAACUCUAUUUCGGCUACUAUCAUGGACUUUGGAGUUCACGCCUCUGGAGAAGCAUGAUAACGCACUGUUGCAAGGAGGACGCCUUGACGGAGGAGUGCAGGUUCUUAAGCAAUAACAACACCUUAUGUGCGAUUGAUGUUAAUUCAGCGCGCCAGAACAUGGUCGCAUUAAACCCCUACAACAUUUAUGCGCCUUGUGAACGGGGCGCCUCGGAUCCUGAAAUAGCGUACAUACACAACGCCCAGAAUCUGUACAUGCGUAACUUCAGCCACUUCAGCGAGGCACUGGAACCCGAACACCUCCGUGCUCCGCCUUGUACCAACGACCGAUCUAUCACUGAAUACCUCAACAGGAAAGACGUGAAAGCGGCCCUUCAUGUUGAAGAGUCGCCACUCAAAUGGGUCCUCUGCAACAGGGUCGUCCGCCUCCACUACGCAAUGCAGUACGGUACCAUGAAGGGAUGGGUAUGGAAGGUUAUGAACACAGGUCGCGUGAGGGCGCUCAUCUACAAUGGGGAUUUCGACGCUGUCUGCAGCUACAUUGGUGACGAGUGGUUCGUUGACUCGCUGGGAUAUGAGGCUACGUCCGGUUAUGAACCGUGGUUCGUAGACGGACAAGUGGCUGGGUACUACAGAACCCACAAGGGGAACUUGACUUUUUUGACGGUUAAAGGUGCUGGCCACAUGGUACCAGAGGACAAACCGCAAGAAGCCCUGCAGAUGAUCACACGCUUCCUUAAGGACGAGCCGUAUUGAGCAUAUAUACUAAAGCCCUGGUACCCGGAGACCCCACAUAAGAAAACAGACGGGAGUAAUCCGUUAUUCCAAUAUUGAGCCGAAUUUACUUUCAUCCUGUCCAGUACGGGUACCGUCCACACAUACCUGCGAUUGUGCUCUCAGGGCGGUCCGUGCAGCUGUCGUAUGAUACCCUCACAAACUUGCCCCGAAUCAUUUUAAGGAAUGGAAGAACCCGAAGUUUUCAUCAGGACCGAGAUCCAGUGUGUUUAUAGCAGUCCUAACACGACCUUGCUGAGCUAAACUUGCACCACACCUGCCUCAAAUCUCGGGCUCCGUCACAAGUGUUGCGUUGUGUUGCCUUCAGUAAUCUUCAUUCUCUCUUUCUUCCCUUCUUUCUUUCUUUCUUUGUGGGAUUAAGGAGAUGUUAGCCUAGGCGAACUAGCUUGCUUCCACCUGAGUCUUACCCACUAUCACUACGCCUACGUAUGGCAUGUCAGCCUCCUCUCUGCAUUCGUUCAAGCUAUUUGCCGUUUACGAAGCAACAUCCCCUCAACCUCAACCUCCGCCCGGACCUCCUUUGCGCCACCCAUGUGGACACUUCACUACCCCACUGUACAAACGUCAAUUCCGGGCCUUAGGAAAAAGAAGGUUGUGCCAACAGUUGUGGCCUGCCAACUGACCUUGUACCACAUCUACAGUCACCACCGGCAUCGAACCCAAAUAUACACCGAUGCUUCAGUUUCUCUAGUUGGGUCGUCUGCUGCCUUCUGCAUCCCAGAGGAUGGAGCUGAGCACGGCUUCAAGCUCCCUCUUAUGUCAUCUGCUGAGGCCGAGGCAUUCCCACUACUGGCCGCUUUGAGACAUGUCUCCUCGUGUGCACCCAGGGCCUGGUCGAUCCUCACCGACAGUAAAGUGGCUCUGGAGGCGCUGGCCUCUUACUCUGCCGCAGUCAUCAGUGACACCUACACCACGAUCAUCGCCCUGCACUCUGAACUUGUAUCGCUGGGACACGAAGUGGUGUUCCAAUGGAUUCCGAGCCAUGUCGGGAUUUCAGGCAAUGAUCGUGCUGACGCUCUUGCUCGGCAAGCCCACGACACUGAGCAAGCAACUGUCUUUCCCCUUGCGCACUCUAUGUGCCAGCUGAAAAUCCGCCGCUUCACCGCCAACCGCACACAGCCCUUCUGCAAGAAGCUAUACGAACCAAUGCCUUCCUUAACUUCAUUGACCCUUUAAUGACAUAUGCUGUGCCUGGCCGCAUCCCGCGCAUCGAAGAAUCGUUGCUUCAUCGGCUGCGGCUGAAUGUGGCACGAACUCCUCUCCUCCUAUUUAAGAUGAAUCAGCAUCCAUCACCUCUUUGCCCAACGUGCAACGUAGAAGCCGAUGUGCCACACAUCCUCAUUGCCUGCCAGCGGUAUAGGAAGACCACCGAUCGAGUCUCCGGCGCCGCCUUGCUCAUCUAGGCUACCGAGAGCUUUCCCUCGCGGUGCUACUUGGCCUUACCCAGCACGCUGAAGUCACGUCUGCGCUGACACGAUUCCUUCGGGAAUCUAAACUCCUGGGCAUUCUCUGAUACGUCCUAUGCGCAACGAUUAGUGAAGGAGCCGUUUCUUCUGUAGCUUUUUCAUAAUUUUCUGUAUCCCAGCUGUUUGUAUCUUCUUUUGUUUUCUUGAAAGCUUUAGGGAAUAGCAAGCCCACAUCGUGGCUAACCUUUCCCUUCUCUUUUUUUUUUUGUGUGCUUUGCAUUAAACAUAUCCCCCCCCCCUCUCUGUUUUCUUUUGCAGUGUACGCUGCCGGCAUUGGCAAACGAAAAGGAAAAAGAAUAAAAGUAUCGAUCCUCAGUA